AUGCCAAUAAAGAACAGCAAUAAUUGUAUUGGAAAGAUGAAAAAAAGUUCCUCCAAUCUAGUAUUAUCCAGACUGGAUCCUUCCUCCCCCAAGAAUGUCACAGUAAAGAGAAGGUUAUCACGAGAGGAGAUAAUUAAUGAAAUGGAAAAUGAACAAGAUGCCAUUGUCGUUAGAUUAUUGAGAGAAAUGGAAGCAUUAAAGAUGGAAAAUUUACAACUAAGAAAACAACUAAAUCAAAAGAACCAACAAUUGAUCACGGCAAAGAAACUAGUUUUGAAAGAUGAAAGUGCAAUCAUCACUGAUGAUGAGGAUGAAACUACUUUAACGUCACAUAAUGUCAAUUAUACAGUUAAGCAACAACCAAGAACACCAAGAGGUUCAUUUAAUUCAAUUACUUCUUCCAGGCGGGAAAGUUUCAACCUGAGAAAUGUUCCACCAUCUAUGAAAUCCCCAAAUUUACCUCAAUUCUCAUUGCUGGUUGAUCAGGUAGAUCAUGUUUCUCAUCGGUAA